CGGCCCGGGGCGGCGGGGGCGCGCGUGGCGGCGGCGCGGCGGGCACGGGCGCUUGACAACGGCGGCGGGGCGGGCGAGCCCACCGCGCGUCGCCCCCCGCCCCCACCCCCGUGCUGCGGAGAAUGGGCACCCGGAGCUGUCGGGCGCAACCGGAGAAUAAACCCCGAUGAUCACGGGCUGAGCCCCGCGCCGCCACCAUGUCUGUGGCCUUCGCGUCCGCGCGGCCGAGAGGCAAAGGGGAGGUCACGCAGCAGACCAUUCAGAAGAUGCUGGACGAGAACCACCACCUGAUCCAGUGUAUCCUGGACUACCAGAGCAAGGGCAAGACGGCCGAGUGCACCCAGUACCAGCAGAUCCUGCACCGGAACCUGGUCUACCUGGCCACCAUAGCAGACUCCAACCAGAACAUGCAGUCCCUCCUCCCCGCUCCACCAACCCAGAACAUGAACCUGGGCCCUGGAGGGCUGAGUCAGAGCGGUUCCAGCCAAGGCCUCCACCCCCAGGGCAGCCUCAGCGAUGCCAUCAGCACUGGCCUCCCCCCAGCCUCCCUCAUGCAGAGCCAGAUCGGCAAUGGUCCAAACCACGUGUCCAUGCAGCAGACAGCACAGAGCACGCUGCCUACCACCUCCAUGAGCAUGUCCGGGAGCGGCCACGGUACUGCGCCUGGCUACAGCCACUCGGGACCUGCCUCACAGAGCGUCCCCAUGCAGGGCCAGGGUGCCAUCGGCAACUACGUGUCUCGGACCAACAUCAACAUGCAGUCCAACCCAGUUUCCAUGAUGCACCAGCAGGCGGCUACGUCCCACUACAAUUCCACGCAGGGUGGAAGCCAGCACUACCAGGGCCAGUCAUCCAUCGCCAUGAUGGGCCAGGGUGGCCAGGGGGGCAGCAUGAUGGGGCAGCGGCCUAUGGCACCCUACCGGCCCUCCCAGCAAGGCUCUUCUCAGCAGUACCUGGGCCAGGAGGAGUACUACAGCGAGCAGUACAGCCACAGCCAGGGCGCCUCGGAGCCCAUGAGCCAGCAGUACUACCCGGACGGCCACGGUGAUUACGCCUACCAGCAGUCGUCCUACACAGAGCAGAGCUACGACCGCUCGUUUGAGGAGUCCACGCAGCACUACUACGAGGGGGGUAAGAGCACGAGGGCCGCGCGCUGUGCUCCAUGCAUCAGGCACGCACAGCAGUUAGGACAUCGCACUCUUAGCAGCACGCGUGGCCACUUCUCGGAACCCCCAGUACAGCCAGCAGCAGGCUGGGUACCAGCAGGGUGCGGCCCAGCAGCAGACGUACCCCCAGCAGCAGUACCCCAGCCAGCAGAGCUACCCUGGGCAGCAGCAGGGCUACGGGCCUGCCCAGGGAGCCCCCUCGCAGUACUCCAGCUACCAGCAAGGACAAGGCCAGCAGUACGGAAGCUACAGAACCUCACAGACGGGACCCUCGGCCCAGCAGCAGCGCCCCUACGGCUAUGAGCAGGGCCAGUAUGGAAAUUACCAGCAGUGAUGGACAAGCGUUCCCAGUGGAGCCUUUGUGUCCCGUGUCCGCCCGGGGAUAGAUGGCCGUGGCAGUCCAGAGGAGUUGUGCCGUGUCGGUUACCCUUUGCCCUUUGCCACGCCUGCAUGUGAAGCGUGCUCAUUUCCUGCUGGGUAUGAUGUUGAGCCUGCACCACUGGCGCGAGACCGCGCUGUGGUGGCGUGACAUAUUUGGUGCUGUACAUAGUAUUAUAUGUCGAUACAAUGGAGAGGUGGCCCCUUUUUGUCCCCCUCCCCCAUCUCGAUGUCCUAGCUAGCUUUGGGGGGUCACGUUAUCAGUGUUCCGUGUCCAGAAAUGGGACGUAUCUAAAGGACUCCAUAAUCCAUGUGUUCCCAUCAACAGACCUGGGUCUUCCCUCUCCUCAUGCCAGUGUCACACACCGUGGUUGUAAGUGUUUGUGUAACUAGCGACACCACCACUGCUUGUAGCCCGGGGUGGCCAUGUGUGCCGGGCCUCGAGGGCACUGGAACACAGCCUGUGCUGUGGGCAGUGCUUGCUGUGUGGCGAUGAGGAUGCACAUGCUUCGCCUGGAGAGGCUCGGAGCAUCGUGUCCAGAAUUUGGCCAUUGCUCGUGUGCUUGCUAACUCUGUCUAUCCAAAAGGGUGUCUGUCUCUGUUAGCAAAUGAAGACGGGUCAGUGAUGGGUUCCAAGUAAACAGGCCUACAUGAGGGCAGUGUGCGAUUAACCCAGUGGUGGCGAUCGGGACGCACGUGCUGCUGCAGGCUGUGUGUAUCAUUGAAAGCUCUGGAAUGUUCGCCAUCCAGGGGACGCAGUGUUGCUGAGCACUGACAGCAGCUCUCUGUCAGCGGGGCCGUCGGAAACUGCUUUGGCUUUGGGCUCAGCAUAUCUGGCAUCUUUUUUAGGAUUUGACUGUUUGACAUGCCCAGUCCUAAACAGAGAUAGCUUAUAGUAUUGACACCAGACUUUCCAAACAGUGAGCAAGUUUUUUAUUUCAUAUUAUUUCUUCUAGGACCUACUUGUUCAGAUCUCCAAGCAAGUGUUCCUUUUCUUUUAGGGAUGUCUGAAAUCCACAUCCUAUUUUUAAAAUUACUCCAAUAACUUCACUAUAUUCUUUUGAAUGAAAACUAAAGCUUUAUACAGUGAAAUCUGAAUAAUUUUCACACCCUUAGAUAUUCAGUCCCAUGUCAGUUCUGUGCAGCACAAUUGAGAAAUAGAUGAAAACUCCCGUAUUUCCACUAAUAAGCAGCUUGGACACUUGAUGAACUUUGAAUAAUAAAACCAUAUUUACUAUGACUCUUUAAAAAGAAAAACUUCAGAUAAAUACUGAUGUAUUUCCAAGAGCUACCAGGAAAAUACAAAAUAUAUCCAAUGCUUGAUACAUCAGGGCUACUGAAGAUGUUUUUCUUUAAGUGAUAAUUGUUAUGUUUUAAAAAUUAAUUUUUAUCCAGAGUUGAGCGUUUAAUAUUUUGUGGAAUUUUUUUCUCUCUCUUUUUUUUUCUUUUUGGCUUGAAUUAAUUCUGAGAGAUCAUGCUGGGAAAUACAGAGCAGAUACCAUUCCCAUUUACAAAUGAGGAACUGAGGCGUAGAUUAAGUUUUGUCUGUGUUAUUACCAGUCCUGUCCUCGGAUGGUCUCCCCUCUUCUGUGGGCUAGAUACCAACAAACAAGGGCAUAGCAGUGUUUAUUUUGUAUGCAUAGGGUCUAAAAACCCUUUAACACUAGUAAAGGCUUGAAAAAUACAUGUGUCCAUAUUAAAUAACAAAAAUGAGAAUUUUUAAUUGUUAAACAACAAAUUACCAAUUUCAUUUAGAGAGCCUUUUUUGAGAAUCAAUUUUGUUUUCCUUUUUUUUUUUUGUUUUUGUUUUGAGACAGGGUCUCACUGUAUAGUUCAGGCUAGCUUCGAACUCAUGCAGCACAGGGCUGGCCUUGAAUUUGAGGUGAUCGUCCUGCUUUAGCCUCCCAAGUGCUGGGACUACAGGCAUAUACCACCAUGCCCGGCUUUUUCCUUAGCUUUUUUUUUUUUAUCAUCCGUACGGGGGAUCAAACUCACAACCGAGCACUUGCAUGGCAGGCGCUUAUGCCGUUCAACUAAAUCCCCAGCCUUCCUUAGUUUUUAUAGAGCUGAUUUACAAACUUAACUGGGGACUAAAGUUGCCCAUUGAAAGCGUUAAACAUUUUACGUAACUGUGAAGGUAGUCUUUAUUCCUUGCCAAUCUGGGAAUAUGCCUUUUAUGUGUGUAUAUGUUGAUUUUUUUAAGUGCUGUAUUAAUGCUUUUUGAAAGAAAAAAGUCACUUAAAAAUCUUGUCACCCCAAAACUUCAAUCUGGAAUGUCUUACAUUAAGAAUUUAUUGAAUGUUGUGUAUAUAUUUUUAAAAGCACUUUGUGAAAUAGCUUGUACAUUUAUUUCCUAAUUUAUACAUGAUUUUUGGUGUUAAUAUAUUUAAUAACAGAAUGAUUAUUUAAUGUUUUUUCCACUUGUAUGUAAUUUUGUGGGGGAAAGUGAUGCCAACAGUUGUUUCUCAUUGCCUGUAUUAUAUCUUCUCUUCUGUAACACGAAUGUUUGGGAAAAGCUUAGGCUAGACGAGUUGUUCAUUCAAUUUGGUUGUGUUUCAUGUUUUUUCAUGAUUCUGUCUACUGAAGGCCAGAAACUGCGCAACGUAUUUCUGGAUUGCCGCUCAUUCUUCCUCCUGUUCCUUUCUGACUUCGUCCAGUCUGUCAGAUUUGGGAAGUGAUGCCCACCAUCCUCAGAUGUGCUCACAUGCUUGAGCCCCCGCGGAGCUGCGGCUCAUCAGCCCCGCACUGAUUAGGCUUGGUUAGCGCGUGAAAAGUGCAUGGGCCCUCGGACCUUGCGCUGGACCGCCUGCAUGUUAACAUAGUAAGGUGGACAAGAGCUCCGGGACCCUAAAGGACGCCUUGGUACGCUCAUACAGUGGGAGUCCAGGCGAGCUGCUCGUUUGGCUGGUGUUUUUAUACACAAGCUUGAAUGUUGGGCACCCGUUCAAAAUUGUAGAAAAAGACUUCGAUUUCCAUUUAAAAAUUUUAAGCCAUCCCUUCAUUUCCAAUUAUGUCCAAUCCGUUUUGUUGUGAGUACAGUACCUUUAAAAAAAAAAAAAAAGACAUUAUUGGUUAAUUUUUUUUCGCAGUUUGGGGUCUGAAUUGUUUAUGCUUUUGGUGUACUCUUAAUAAACUGGUUCUUCAAAACGCA